UUCACAUUUCGCACUUGCAAUUGCAACCGAAGCAAAGGAGCAUUGGCUUGAACGUGAAUGGAUUCUUUUAUUCCACUUCAUCCAUUGACGUCGUUCGAAAACUACAGCCGAACCUGUGGCAAUCGAGUUUUCGUUUGAAUUUACACCCAGUCGCUGUUGAAGGCACUUUAGUAUGACCAUGACUAGUUCAAGCUUGUCCGAUCCAUCUUCCUCUGCUGCUGCUGCUGCUACUACUGUCACCGCCGUUGCUUCAACGCACGACCCAGACAUGCACCGUCAGCCGCUUCAGUUACUGGAUCAGCAACAGCAACAACAGCUCCAGCUGCAGGACCAGCAUCAUCACCCGCAUCAGCUUCAACACCACCACCACCACCAGCUGCAGCACCAGCUGCAACACCAGCAAAAGCAGUGGUCCAGCUCCAUCCCCCUGGACGAGCCCAGUCUCGCUUCCAAACCCAUCACUCUCAAUGUCUCCAGGUUCAGUCGCGACUGCACCGCAAGCGUUGUCUUCUGUCUGCGUUACUCCAACCAGACCACCCUCGCCCCCUGGAGCUCGAUCUACAUCCCAAAGAACUACCGUUUGCCCAUCCCUGGCCAGCGACAGUCCUCUCCGGGUAAGAUCACAUCACAUUCUUUCCUCAUCUCAAUCUUCACCCCGAUCUGGUCUGAUCGGUGAAUCCGAUGCACAUUCGUUUUUUAUAUUAUUUUCUGUUUUGUUUAUCUUUUUUAUUAUGUAUGCACUAUACCUAUCUGGUACGCGUUGCAUGUUGGGCGGCGUGUCUUUCCCUUCCUCCUUUCUCUUCCUCACCCAAAGUACAAACAAAAAAUUGCACUCGGCGUUUCUUUCCACCUCCCACUCCCCGUAUCAUGGUUGCACCUAAGAAAACAAGUAGCUCAAACCCUUUAGGCACUUUAACGUUAACUGCCGACGUAAUGGGCAGCCUACCUGUUGAACAUG